AUAUUUAGUUUAAUAUACGUUAUUAGUGUAAAUCUGGUUUCUAAAAUAGUCUACAGUUAAAAAAAAAUAAAAAAAUAAAUAAAAAGGGGACAAAGUUGUGGACUUUUCCAAUUGUAGCUUCAUAAUAAAAAAAUUAAAUUAAUUUAAAUAUAAUUGUUAAAAAUAUUAUUACAAAUAAAGUACUAAGUAAUUAAGAAAUAAACUGUCACUGUGAUUUCUUCACAGUAAACACAUGCAAGCGGUGGACAUCAGCCAUGUUCCUGUACGCAUAGCAUGGGUUUUGCGGUUUAUUCAGUCUCUGGGGUUUCAAACUGCUGUUAAUUUUUCUCCAAAAGAAGUUGUUAAUGGCCUAAACGAUGAGCGUAACGAUGGCUGAUGUUGAGAACGGUGAUCAGAGCUUGGACACUGUGAGUUUGCAGACAGUGGGCAGUCAUUUUGGAGAUGAUGAAGAAAGCUCUCUAGGCUCCGACUCCGAGCUCAAUGGCUUCCCAGGCUCCAGAGAGACGGACAAGUACGGCUUUAUCGGAGGAGCGCAGAAGUAUUCGGCCGAAUCGGCUCAGGACGUUCCCCCGGAGGUGUUGAGGCAGAGAGAGCUGAAAUGGUUAGAGAUGCUGAAGAACUGGGACAAAUGGAUCAACAAGAGAUUUAAGAAGGUGAGGCUACGAUGUCAGAAAGGAAUCCCUCCAUCGAUAAGAGGCAGAGCCUGGCUUUACCUGUCAGGAGGGAAAGUAAAGAAGGAGCGAAACAGCGAAAAAUUCAAGGAGCUGGACAGCAUGGAGGGUGAUCCAAAGUGGAUAGAUGUGAUCGAGAGAGAUUUACACAGACAGUUCCCUUUCCAUGAGAUGUUUGUAUCACGAGGAGGACACGGGCAGCAGGAUCUGUUUCGGGUGCUAAAAGCAUACACACUCUACAGUCCUGAUGAAGGUUACUGUCAGGCUCAGGCUCCUAUUGCUGCGGUGCUACUCAUGCACAUGCCUGCUGAGGAUGCAUUUUGGGGUCUUGUGCAGAUCUGUGAGAAAUACCUUCCCGGUUACUACAGUGCAGGCUUGGAGGCGGUUCAGCUGGACGGAGAGAUCCUGCAUGCGCUGUUGAAGCGAGUGUGUCCUGUGGCGUAUCGGCACCUGGACAAGCACAAGAUCGAGCCGGUGCUCUACAUGAUGGAGUGGUUCAUGUGCGCCUUCUCCAGGACUCUGCCCUGGGCCUCGGUCCUCCGAGUGUGGGACAUGUUCCUGUGUGACGGAGUGAAAAUUAUAUUCCGUGUGGGCUUGGUGUUGUUGAAGUCCAUGCUGGGAACUCGGGAUAAGCUCAAGGCCUGUCCGGGUCAGUAUGAGACCAUGGAGGUCCUCAGAGCGAUCGAGCCCAGAUACAUGCAGGAGGGCUUCUUAGUGCACCAGGUUCUGGAGUUGCAGGUAUCAGCACGGGACGUGGAACGCGAGCACCGAAGGCAGCUGAAGCGCUGGAAGAAGAAGCGUGGCGAGCCCGCCCGCAAACCCCCUCAAAGAAUGCACAGUGCUCGCGCCAUCAUGGCCACCGAGCCUCAUACAUACCAAGACCUCCGCCAGAAACCCACCAUCAUCGUCCAGUACCCGUCCAUCCCUGAGGAAAAGCCCGAGCCGAGCCUCAGGAAGAAGAGAGGGAGCCUGAAGAAAAACCAAGCCCUCAUUCCUAACCCCUACGCCCUACCUGACGAGUCUAAACUUACUCCGAUAUUGGAAAUACAGCCUCUGAAACAGGAAAAUCUAAAUCUUGUACUUCCAAAUCCACCGUCGCAUCCACCACGGCUCCCUACAAUGCAGGAAAAUCAGGUCAAAGAGAGGAGCACUUCUACCGUGCGACUCGUGCAGGCGUCCUCAAAUUCCUCCAUCGAUAAGAAACCGGCGGACUCUAUCCCUCUGCAACAUCUAUCCCUCCUAACUGCUCCUGUACACGAAUCACCUUCAGCGUGGCGUCCUCACCUGCUGGAAUGUCCUCCUGUCCAAUUCAGAGAACCUGACCAUGAUGAGCUCCCUAAUAAUACAGAAAACUCAGCCACCAUUUUGGAUCCAUCUACAGACUCCAGCCCUCUGCUUACGCCCAACGCACCUGCCCCCCACGACUCACCUGCUGCUUCAGAUUACAAAAACUCCAGACAGAGCAUUAACAGCUCAGAGGACACGUACUUGUAACUCGCUCACUGUCGCCACCUGGUGGUUUGGAGGAGCAGGGUGCUGCAGUGCUGGGAGAAAUAUUUACAUUAUUUUUACAUUCGGAAGCUAAUAUGAGUUAGAGCAGGGGUUCGGUUUUUGCGUAACCCACGUUGGUUCUUAACCUGUGACAAUUUACCCAUUUAUUCACUCUUAAACAAAUGAUUUGUCUUCAAAUCAAAUUUACACAAUUCACCCCAGAGGCAUCCAAGAUUUGUUUUGGUUUCUGGUUUUUGCUUCUUUAGUUUUGCACUUGAAAGUCAGAUACCAAACAUGCCUUGGCUGUAAGGAGGGGACGGGGAGGGGGUUUGCAAAUUUGCGAACUUAUAUUUAAUUCUCUACAGGAAGAAACUCCGAGAAGUCAAUUAAGGGUCAGUGGAGAGUCGGAGAAAAUCCCGGAAAAAUACUGUAUCCUCAGCACCUCACACGCUGCCGUCUUGAGUGUCACUGCGGUGCCGAGAAUGCUCCGCCACCCUAAUGGACCCUAAUGGUCUAAUCAGUUUUCCUUUCCAUUAGUGGAUGGUGUAGAGAACGGCUAACGAAUUGUGCCUAGCGUCAGACGAGUUACAGUCACCAGUGUACUUCAGUAACGUAGACUUACACUCUGACUCGCCUUAUGGGACCAAACAAAAUACAUUCCUGGAACUUUGACAUGUGUGUCCCUAAAUCUGAUGGGAAGUGGAGAGUCACACUACUGUAGGACCAACUCUUAACGCUCAAAUCCAGAGCAGAAUGUGAGGUUCUGACAUCUGAGGCUGCUCAUCUGAGGAUCUACCUCUGAAAGCUCUGCAUCUGUGACUCUAUGUCCGAGUGUCUGCAUCUGAGGCUGAAUAUCCGAAGCUGUACACCUGCGGAUCUCCCUCUGAGGCGGUUUGUCUAGGACUGUACAUCUGUGGCUCUGCUUCUGAGGAUCUACGUUUGCGGCUGUCUACGUCUGCGGUGUGGGGGCGGUCCGUCUGAGGCUCUGCGUUCAAGGCUUUACAUUUGAGGCCCUUCCUUUGAGUCUGCUUUCUGUUACUGUCUUAUUUGUUUCAUGUGAGGUCAUUCUAACACAAAUGAGACCUCAUUUUAACCAUUUUCUGUUCGGUCAUUUUAUGUUUGUACAUUAAUGGGAUUGGUUAGAACUGCACGGUGGGCGUGUGCCAAUAUUCACUUUUCAUAUCGCUAAUGUAUAUGGUACAUUAUAUCGAACGGCGCGAAACUUAAAAAAAAAAUCCCUCUUUAGUAGGAUUGACGUUUAUGACAUUGUGGAUUUUUUCCUUAACUUUCCAAACGUGACGAUUAAACGGAAGCUCAGCUUUAAAAACAAAUUAAAAAACGCUGCAUAGGUAGUAGGCGAUUAUAACAAUAUCUUCUCGUUAUUUGAAUGAAUUUAGCCAAUUUUGAGUCGGUAUGGUAUCGUUAGGGAGCAACUAAAGCUAGGCACAACUGUAUAUUUAAUAAUAAGUGACGCUGGUUUCAUAAUUUUGAGCCAGUCCGAUCGUUGUUUUGUUUUUUAAAUUAAUCGACUAUACACUAUGUUCUUAAUUCAUAUUUAAUCAUCAGAUAUUUAAACAUGGCACUAAUGCUAGACCCAGUACUGCUACAUUCAGUUCAUUCCAACUUAUUUUUAUUCCAAGUUAGGUAAUAAUUUUGUUACACACACACACAAACGUUUUACCAUGAUAAGAUAUCUUUUUGCUGUAUUGAUGAUUUUAAAUUUUUAUCAUUUUUUUUUAAAGUGUGAUGCGUCGAGGAAUCGAUUAUUGGCACACGUCUACUGAAUAGCAAGGAUCGUUAAGUCUUUAACGUGUUCUAGUUUACUCCGGUGUAACUGCAAACAAUCUGAGAAAGGGAGCAACCCGUGAGCUGCUAGAGGGCAGACUUGGUCCAAAGAUUUACACACUCUCCACAAACACUCAAGUGCCUGAGGGGUGUUUACUCGCUCCAGCCUUCAGAGGGGAAACUACCUACAGAUUCGCUUUUGAAAGACUUUCAUUCACGGGCAUCGCAAACAUCUGUUUAUAUUACACUCGUAUUCAUUUGGCAGAUUUAUAAUUUUUUUUUCCUCUUAAUCCAAGAGCAACCACCAAUUCUUUGUGUUUUGUAUUUCACAGAUUUCCUUACCACAUCUUACAAGAGCUGCACGAUAAUCACAACAAUCCUAUACAACAUCCUUUUCACUAACGUAAUCUCGACGAAAUAUCUACUCUGUCCGUAUACUUUACGCGCAAACGAAAAACGACUCAAGCUGAGAACUUUAUUGCUGAUCCACUUUAUACCACACCGCCGUCGGAUUCUCCGUAACGCGCUCGAAUACGCUAUCGUUUCCAUAGCAACAACGCACACCGGGAAUUGUAUGGCGGACGACCUACAGCACCGAAUACUAACGAUACGCGUCUUAUUUAACAAGGCAAAACGUAUGAUCGCCGACGUGGUAUUUCAAAUUCACGGAAGGAGUCUCCAGUGCCGGCAUGCGAAGUUUUCUGUCACUGGAACGUCUCCGGGGAAAGGACUUCACGCUGCGUUACGGUUUUGUUGUAACAUUGCAAGCUGCAUUUAAAACGCAAACGUCGCACAAUGUAAAUGGUUACAUCUGCUUUUCUUAAACGGUUUUCUAGAGGGCUUAGUUCAAAGCUGUAGCAUCCAGAUAAUCGGGAUCUAUUUUGGGAUAAGUCCUAAAUAAACCUCCAACUGCUGGGGGGGGGGUCCUCCAAAAAUAAAUGAAAUGUAUUUGUAGACUGUUUUGUUCACAUUCAGCUACAUCCAGUUACAUUCAUUCUUAAAUAAUAACAACGCGUAAACGGGAGCUGUUACUUUAUUUGUAUUUAUAUAUAUAUAUUUCUAAUAGCUGGAGCUUUGUGACACUAGUUUGUAUGUUUGGUUUUUUGUUUUUUCUCCAGAGAAUUUUAAUACACAAUUUUAUGAAAUAAUUAUAAGAAUUUAUGUCUAAAUUUACUACUCAAAAACUGAACAUUAUUUAGUAAAUAUUCCUAAAGCUUUGGGUCAGUUUUCUUACUUUUUUUUUUUUUUUGUCAAAACUGAGCAUAUGCUGUUAAUACUUUCAUUGCAAUAUUGCUAAGCCUUUAAUGAUUUGCAAUAUUAUUAUUAUUAUUAUUAUUAUUAUUAUUAUUAUUAUUAUUAUAUCGUCUUCUUCGAGAAGGCCUCCUGAGAUGCUGUGUGGGACGAACUAACUGAACUGACCUUGCUGAAAGUAUAAGGAGGUUGUGCCUUUAUCCUUUUAUAGUGCCUUCUGAAUACAACAGACUUCCUCUCAGGACUAGAAAUGCUGACUAACCAGGACAUGUCCUCCAUAAUCGUGGCAUUUGAAUCUUCGCAAUAACAUCUAAAAACAUCUAAUCGAAAAAAUGUGCUGUUCUGUAGAUGAUGUCCAAUCAGAUGGCUCUUAAUAAAAACAAUAACCAGA